CCGGUCAUGUGAGUUCACUCCGGGGAGAUGGAGAUCAGCUUCGCGGGGCUGCGGGCUCUGGUGACCGGGGCGGGGAAGGGGAUCGGCCGGGACACUGUGAAGGCGCUGCGGGCAGCGGGAGCCGAAGUGACCGCCCUGAGCCGGACGGCGGGGGACCUGGAGAGCCUGGCCCGGGAGUGCCCUGGCGUCCGGACCGUCUGCGUAGAUCUGUCCCAGUGGGACGCCACGGAGAGAGCACUGAGCUCCGUUGGCCCCGUGGACCUGCUGGUGAACAAUGCAGCCGUCGCGCAUCUACAGCCCCUUCUCCAAGUCACCGAGGAGGCGUUUGACCAGAGCUUCGCGGUGAACGUGAAGUCCGCUUUGCUCGUGUCUCAGAUCGUCGCCCGUCAGAUGAUUGCCCGCGGGGUGUCGGGGUCUAUCGUCAACGUAUCGAGUCAAGCUUCCCAAUGUGCUCUUCAAGACCAUGCCGUAUAUUGUGCCACAAAGGGGGCCUUAGACAUGCUGACCAAGGUGAUGGCGCUGGAGCUGGGCCCCAAAAAGAUCCGUGUUAAUUCUGUGAACCCCACGGUAGUUCUGACCGACAUGGGGCGUCUUGGAUGGAGCGACCCUCAGAAGGCCGGUCCCAUGCUGAGCCGGAUUCCCCUGGGGCGCUUCGCAGAGGUUGAAGACGUGGUUAACGGCAUUCUCUUCCUGCUCAGCGAUAAGAGCGCGAUGAUCAGCGGCGUCUGUCUCCCGGUGGACGGCGGCUUCCUCGCCUGCUGAUCGGCGGAAUCCGACUCUUCGUGGAAAUCUGAACCUCGCUUCCAAGUUCCACGCUCGCUGCGUCUCUUUCCUUAUUAAUCAGCAACUUAUUCCCUCAAAUUGUAUCUCAAACCCCUAACUUUCCCCAAAUCCUACGUUAUUCGGUAAUUUCAAUAAAACGCAAUAAAAUAAUUGUAUUAGAAAA